AACCACUAGCCAAGAUGAAGUGCCUCCUCGUUUUUGCCUGCCUUUCGAUUGCCCUUUGCCUUGCCGCACCUGCUCCAGAAGCUGAUAUCAUCGAGCUGGUAUCCGAGGUCAAUGCCGAUAACUAUAACUAUAAGUUCGAGACGAGCGAUGGCACCAAGCAGGAGCAGCACGGUUCACUCAAGAACCUGGGCCCCGAGGAGGAUGCCCUGCAGGUGGCCGGAUCCUAUAGCUACACGGGAGACGACGGACAGACCUACGCGAUCACCUACGUGGCUGAUGAGAACGGAUUCCAGCCCCAGGGCGAGCACAUUCCCCACCUCUAA